GCUUUUUGCACCCUCCAUUGCCUGCUUCGGGAUGCGAUGGGCCAAUGCGGCAUCGCAGCGAUCCCGCCCAUCACAGGCACCGAAAUAACAACUACCAAAUCCCGAAAGUGUGAUGCUGCCACGAGAGAGGAUGCUGCACUGGUGAAGGCCGUCUCUUUUCGCCUCCCUUCUCAACCUCAACUUUCAAGGGGGGCAAACGGCUGCAGCCUGCCUUCUUUUUCUUUUCUUUCUUCCUUUCUUGCUUCUCCUCUCUAAGCUCACUUCGUUUCUCUCUUUACUAUCUCCCGCAGCGUCUUCAACCUUCCCACAGGUACCCCUCAUAAACCCGUUGUUGGACUGCCCGAUUGACCUCCAGGUCUUCACCAACAACAAACUUGGCGUGCAUUGUGUAUUUCCCGCAGGCAAGUUCCAAUCAGUCUCACCAACAGCCAACGCCAGCACACCAUCGACCAUAAACUGUCCCCAGAACCCCGCACUACCUUGCCGUGACGAGUCCCUCUCUUCUGUCGAUAAUAGAGGCCAUGUAUUGAGACCGAAUGCCAAGUAGUAGCUUGGAUUGGAGUCGACUAGGGUGUGAAAGACACCAGUGAACCAGCAACACCGAACCGAGCAUCAUCAGCACAGGUCUCCCGCCAUGGACCCUCUCAACCCCAUGGGUGAUGCCCAGCCGGCCUUCCAGCGCCGGCUGAGCAGGCUUUACAACGACACCAAAAGGAGAUCCGAGUUUGUUCAGACCUCUGUCCAACACCCCGAAGCCGAUCCCGAGGUCAGGUCGUUGCAUCGAAGGCUCAGGAUUCAGAAGGACCGUUUCGUCACCUGGGGUUUGGAAUGGGCUGACCCUAGCCAGUCGGCCGAGGUCUUGAUAGACUCGUCGUUGAACAAGGCCGGAAUCAGCGAACUGGUUAGCAACAUCAUGUCCAACAUCAAGGAAAUUCUUGCCGAAGCCGAGCCACUCUGGAUGAGUUCAAGACGACUGGCGGGAGAGAUUGUUGAGCCAUCACAGCCACCCCGGAGGGGAGAAAAGAUUCAGAUGGUUGUCUGGGACAAGAGCAAGUUUGAAGGUUUGAUCCGCGAUCUUACCGAUGCUAUCGACACCCUCUACGAAGUAUCCCGAACAAGAUCAUCAUAUGCAAGCUCUGCCGCCGUCGGGGGGCGGCCGGCCAAGUCCUCGGCGGCAGCAGAAGACCUGCGUCCCUUUGCGUCAUCACGGCUACAAACCCCAGAGCAGAUCGAUCCCAAGAUCUUGACCUCGUUGCGGUCGGUGCAGGCAGCGCCUAUGACCGAGCACGACGAGAAGGAAAAAACCCACGAAAUUGUCUUUAUGGACAAGCAAUCUUACGCCAAACUCACACGAACUACUGCUGGUGCACGCCACACCCAAUCGCCACUUCUUCUGGAAUAUGCCCCUUUCAGCUCCCUAUACUCUAUCACGGGUGUCUCACCACCGAUGCACCGCUUCGAGAAGCUGUUUUCUGGCCUUCAGCUUGAACCUCAAAGGCCGGUCCAGCCGGGAUCGUGGAUUGGGUUACCGCGUUUGUUGGGCUACUUUGAAGACAUGGAAAACUCAAGAUUCGGAUUGAUCUAUCAGUUUCCCCAGAAGUUCAAUGCCGUCACGUUUGAAACUUUGACCCAAAACCCCCUGAACAACCUCUGCACACUCGCCGACCUCCUGGCCCGCCCAGACUUUGAGCCUAGGCUUGAGGCCAAAUUCCGGCUCGCUGCCAAUCUGGCAAACAGCGUCUUUGACCUGCAUGACCGGGGCAUCACUCAUGGGAGCAUCGGCGAUGAAAACAUCUCUUUUUGCAAUGCCGUGGGCACUGACCCUGAAGUCAGCGGAAUCACUCAAGGAGAGGUUGAUAUUCGCAGACCUCUUAUUUCUUCCUUUGAUCUUUUUUCAGAGACAGAGCCAGAGUAUCAGGAAGGUCCCAGAGAGUUCUCUUUGUACAAACACCCCCUUGACCCACGAAACAGUGUUCAAUCCCCCCUCGCCAACAAUGCCGACUCCAAAACCUUCGACCUCUACUCUCUCGCCAUGAUUCUUCUCUCGAUUGGUCUCUGGACUAAACUUGAGAAUCUUGUCCCUAACAUGGCCUCGCCAAUGCUGCCCGAGUCCGUUCUCACUCAAUUGGGUAUCCGCUGUGGCACGCUUUACAUGAAGGCAGUACAGACAUUAUGGUCUGCGGUGGACCAAGAGUUGAGUGGCACGCAAACGACUGACAAAAUUGUAGAACGGGUCGAAUUCAAGGCUGGUCGAUAUCUGGAGGCAUGCUGUAUCCUGGAUGGUGUCAGCAAUCUUGAGGAGAGACUGGGUGAUGACCUAGGGGAUGUGCGCCCAGAGCACGCACGGCUGAGCACACCAUCGAUCGCUGGACCUUCAAAGGACUCGCAAUCAGAAAAGCCGUCCGCCUCUGUGUUAUCAGCCGGCCAAGUCCAAACAGAAGCGAGGGCCGCCGACGCCAAUGAAACAUCAACCAAACCGAAGCUACGACUCUUCAAGCACGUGCCCCUACCACCCGAAGAGGUCGAGCGGUGGAACACCAACAUCAUGCCACAGGUCAACCAGGCUCUUCGGCACUUUUAUCGAAAAAAUCCCGAGUCAGUCGAAAUUUCGCUGGAGUCUGUUGGAGAGAGUCCUCAAAAAACACAACCCACUGUUUUAGUGGUGUGUCAAUCUACGAGCUUGGUCAAAACUAUCCUGAAGAAGAGGCUUGGCAACAUUUUGGCUGCGGCCGGCCUCGGGUUGAGGGUAUGCACUGGCCGAGUCAUCAAAUCUCGCAGAGACGCUGUUGGGAGAAGCAUGGCUGGUCCAGAAGAGGAGGUGGUUGCGGCCAAUCCAGAACACCAACAGCAACCCUUGAAUGGGGCAAGCAUCGGGGCAUGGAACCAAAGUCACCAUCUGCCACCUGUCAGCCUCGGAGGGAUGCUCACAGUCGAUGGCAGAUUGUACGGCAUGACCGUACACCAUAUGUUGGACGAACCGGGUCCCGAUUCGGAAGGGAAGUCAGGUGCUCCAAGAAGCAUGGCAGGGCCUCCCGGAAUGACAGAUCUCCAUGCUUGGUACGCACAGCAGUACACGAAUCCCAGCGAUUCGGACCAAGAUACCAGCAGCAGUUCCGAGUAUGAUGCAUACGACCUCUCUGAUGCAGAUUCUGAUGCUUUUUCAGAGUCGGCCAUUACUAGCGACUAUUCGGAGGAAGAUGACGACGACGGCGAGUAUCAGGAGAGUGAGCCGGGAGAUAUACCCGGCAUUGAACCCGGUUGUGGGGACGGGUACAUCGUCACACAACCUGCCCUGGAUGAUGUGGAUGCUGGUUUCUAUCCUUGCCUGGAAACUCAGGAUGAAGACCACCUCGACACGUACAGAGUUGGGGAGAUGUAUGCAUCAAGUGGUAUCCGACGUCGUAGGGAGGGGGGACUGAACCACGAGAUCGAUUGGGCCCUUUUUGAAUUCUUCGACGAGCGACUGCCCUCUGGGAAUUUGAUUCCCACCCUCGACCCGCCACCGACAAAAGCACAAUCACAAACCACUUCGUCCAACAUUUGUCCUACAACUGUUGCACCUAUGUCAAGCUUGCCGGGCCUAGGGGUUCAAUGCAUGGCACGCACUUCAGGCCUACAGACUGGUGUUAUCCUCCCAGUUAUGGUUUCCGUCAAGAUUUAUGGCCGGGUUUCGCCAAGCGAGACAUAUCAAGUGUCGGGAACCAGACCGUCUCCAGACCAGCCUCGUCACCCAAAACAGUCGUCGCUUCCGAUGGGCAUGCCGGGAGACUCGGGAGCAUGGGUAGUUGAUGGUGCGAAUGGUCGAGUAUGCGGGCAUAUUCUUGCCUGGAGUGAGCGCAAGAAGGUUGCUUACAUCUGUCCAAUGGAUGUGCUGAUUCUUGAUAUUGCCGAGACGUUGGAAGCCAAUGAGAUUCGUCUUCCGGGAGGUGAAGUUGUGUACUCGCGGGAGCCGCUGAGUACUCAAUAUCCCAUGAGGUCUUUGACGCAAAGGAGUGCAAGAAGUGACAUGUCGGGCUGGCAACGUUCUGAGGGCGAUGUUGGCGACGACGAGGGCGAAGAGCCAUCUACCCCAAUGGCUAGAUUUGCCGCCAGGAGACACAGCAGCCGACGGUCUCAGAGGAGCGUGGUGGCCGGUAAGAGGGCAUCUUACCUCUCGGCCAAAAGACAGAGCCAACAAGCAAUGAUAGAAAGCACUGUUGGGGAAGAGGAACUGGAGCACGAUGAGGGGGUCGAGGUGGAUAUCAGUGUUGGGUUAGCUAAUCAGCUCAAAGCAAUGAACCUGCCUCUGGGAGACUCAAGCCUAUCUUCAGCAGAGAUGAUGAGGAAAUGGGGAUAUGCCUGACUCAAGGCGAGCUCGGUUUAUAUACAUCCGUAUUGCGAUGGGACAGUCAGGGCUGACUGAAACAAGAAUAUGAUGGGUAUGAAUGGGGGGAAGUAUAAGGUCAUGAUGACCCGAUACCAAUCUGCAUCAUGAUAUCCCCUGUUUUUGGCUAGUGAAAUUUACUACUUUCAGUGCUUCUCGCACAAAAAUAAUGCUGAAUAAUUGCUUGAA